UUUCUCAGCGCGCUGUUCGCAGCCGUCGCUCCCGCUGACAGCAGUACUGCCUGGAUCGGCCUUCGGUCAGAUUCGGUGCAAUGGACCGACUAUCAUGACAUCACCUUCCUGCAUUACUCCCUGGGCUAUCUGGAUGACCAACAGCCGGAGAACCGGACUAAUAUAAUGUCCCAACUGGUGGUCAGGGUAAUGCUUGGCUGCAUGAAGGCAAAUGAAUCCGAAACAGUCAGUUACUCCCAAAACGUUGUUAUCCCCGUCCGCUAUUUUAGCUUGACCGGCAUCAGCCUUGCAGGUGGUCACCCUUUUCGGGACCCCUAG